UUAGUGCAACAUCACUAAUGAAGUUGAAGGCCAGAUUUUACACAGCUGCAAAUAAAAUUAAUGCUGUGUUUUGCUGUGUCUGCACUCAUCUUUCCCACUAUACAUCUCACGUAUUGCACAGGAGAGGUGGUAAGGAUAGCUGCUGGUGUCUACCUGCCCACAGAGGUGCAGUGGUGUUGGGGCUGUGCUAAGGAAAGUGAUUCGGAUGGAUAUCUUCAGAAGGAUAGAUCUACAGACUGGUUUUUACCAGACAUAUCUUAAUGUUUAAUAAUUAAAGUUUCCUAUUUGCAUGGCUAAGCAGUUACUGUUAUGUGAAGCCAGAGGGAAUGGGACACAUCAUUAAUUAUCUCGAGAGCGGAGGAGGGGUUCCACUUCGUGUGCCUGUACAUGUCUGUACCAUGGAGGAGUCCUGCCUCUUCGGGAGUAUUUUGGGAGUGCCCUGGGAGCCUUACUAAGGGCUGGUUAGCGAGGCAGCCCUUACUUUCAAGAGCCAGAACAGCAUUUGUGAUGGCCUGCAAUAAACUGAGCUCAAGCAAUUGAGCUCAGAUAUUGAUUUAUUAAGGAGUUUGGGCAUUGGAAAUUUUCAUCCCUUGGGAAUAUCUGACUGGGAAUGUUGCUGAUACUAUUGGAUGCUUUGCUAAACCCAAGGGAGAAUCAGGUGUGGCUGGAACACUUACUGGUGAAGACUGAGGCAAAAAAGUUGUUGAGUGCCUUGGCCUUCUCCAUGUCCCAGGUAAGCAGGUAUCCUGUUUCCUCGCCAAGGAGGACCCACAUUUUCCUUUUAUCACUGAUGUACCUAAGGAAGGUUUUCUUGUUGCCUUUAACAUCUCUGGCCAGAUUUAAUUUUUAAUUCUCUCAGGGCUUUAGCUUUCCUAACAUGACCCCUGGUUACUCAGACAAUCUCUCUGUAUUCUUCCCAGGCUACCUGUCCUCGCUUCCACUCUGUGUAGGCUUCCUUUUUGUGUUUCAGUUUGUCCAGGAGUUUGUUGCUCAUCUGUGUAGGCUAGUAUACCAUAGUCUCUGGAGGCUAUCCCUCUUCAUCCAGCAAGGGCCACUGAAAGUCUUUUGGAUCAGCUCUUAGGUGCUACAGUGUCUCAGGCAGGCAUGUUAACAUAAUAAAGAACUUUAGCUUAAUUGCCAACAGCUACUGCAACCUGCUGAUGGCCUGAGCUGCUCCCAUUUGGUCCAUGCAUCAGAACACCAGUUUGCACAGAGUAGCCUGAUUUAGAUGAUGUAAGCAAUAUGGCUACACAGCUUCCACUUGGCUUUCAGGGUGGGCAAAAGUUAUUUAUUCCCUUCUGUAUAGGGACUAUGCCUUUUUCUCUCUUACGUGAAAGAAAACUAUGUACUCACUUAUUUUUCCCUUUCUUAGAGAAAGCACUUCUGCUGCAUUUAUAGUGUUUACCCUUUCCUUUUGAAUUCUGUUAAUUUAUGUUUGUUUUCACUUCUCCAUCCCCAGUGUUGAAUCCUACCUUUUCUACUAACUUUUCCUGAAUGGCUCAAUUUCUCCCUUGAAUUCUUUUUCUUGCCUCAAAGUUAUUUGCAUAUGUUUACAGGGAGAGUAGAUAUGUAUGUAAAUGGAAUUGUCUUUGCCAUGGUAAUAUGAUCUUCAAAGGCUUGGACUGCAGUCACUUUGCUGCAUUCUUUACAUAAAAUGUUUGUCUUGGCAAGUCACUGCCAACAGAGUGCUGCAAGGGCCCAAUCCUGCUAAUUGCCUUCUGCUCCCACUGAACUCAUGGGGCUUAUAUGUAAAAAAAAAUCCCCAAAACUUUCAAAUUAGAGUUGUGUGUUCUUUACGCAGUUAUGUUCAUGUUCUACCAUUUUGUCUUUUCUUUACUGAUGUGAUCUGGAAGUGAUCAUUGGUUCUUAAUUUUUCAUGACCAUUUGGUGUGUGUUAAAAUACAGGAGUCUGUAGCAAUGGAGGGGGGUAGCUAGGUUCCAGUCCAACAUUGGUGGUUUAGGAGAGGUCUGCCUUUAUGAAGGUAGGAGUCUCAUACUCAGGGAGUCCUGAGAAUGAGACAUCACUACCUCUUUUCGUACCUGUUUUUUGUCUUUACCAGCAAAGCUGGUCAGUGUAUGCUUUGCUGUGGGCUGCAAAAUCAUGAGCUGUGGUGGGUAAGGAAGUUGCACACCCCAGGGCUGGGGAGAGAGGAUACGUAAUCUCGUGAGCAAAGCAGAAAGAGUGCAUCAGUACCAUGUGUCAUCAGCUUGUAUUGCAAGCCCCACCGCAAAAUUCUCAGUGGAGUGGACCUAUGCCUUCCACCAGAGUGGAUCUGAGAGGUGAUAAGGUGAACACACACGUGAUUCUACUGCAGCGUCCUCAAGUCUCUCAGUCUAAAACCUUUUCUGUGUUCUAAUACUUUCCUGAUCUUAGGACUGUGGAAGAUGGAAAAGAACCUCCUGCUACUGCCCUUAGAUCCCAUCCUGUUCUUCCAGUAAGAGGUCACAUAUUGGGAGUUACCCAGGCUCCCAGCCCUCUGGGUGCUUGCUUACAGCAUGACCCCUCAAACCUUAGCUGGAAAAACUGCGAGGGAGGAAGAGUGGCAUAGGGUGCAGACAGAUAAUUCACAAGCUUUUUUUGUAGCUAUCAGAGCUACUGUCUUGCAAAUAUAGCAGCUAUUCAUUAGGGAAUAUUAAUUGGUAUAGUCGUAAGUGCUACUCUAUUUGCUCUGGAAACUGAGAGAGAAGCCAUUUAUAUCUGUUGAAGUAUAAACUUCUGUAACAGUGGGGGGUGUUCUCAAAAUCCCACUUACCACAGGCAGCUGGCCCCAGUUUUUUUCCUACUUGAACAUAUGUGGAGUACUGUGGUUUACCCAGGGCUCAAACUAGUCUAGCUGUUUAAGGUAAAAAUCAGAAUUGUUUAUUUAGAAGCUAUUUUUGAUAUCACAAAAGUGAUAUCAAAAGGUGUUUCAAAAAGAAAUAAUUUGUGAAGAUGCUUGCCAUGUGGAUAAUUUAGCACUUAGGUUGUUGUGGAGUGUUGAGAUGUGGCUCUGAAAUAGUUGCAUGUUUUACUCAAGUCAAGAAUGCUGCAGGCAAUUGCAAGAACAGGGAGAAUUUCAGUAAGGGGAAGAGUGUGUUAAUUAGCCAUGCAAGAUGUUCACACUUGCUGCUGUGUUUCAUAUGUUUUCAUAUCUGCUGAAGCAAAGCAAGAAAAGUGUUGUGCUGGGGCAGUGUGCAGGCAUGGCUUAGAGCUGAGUAGAUGUAAAUGGUUAAAAAGGGGUUCUCUGCUAGAGAGGAGGAGGGGAAAGUAAGAGUGCAUUCCCAAAAAAGUACAUUCCCAAAAUAAAAAGCUUACAUCAUGGACCUCUUCAGUUUUCCCACACUUCUUUCCUAAUUAUUGUCCUGCAGGACAGCUGAUCUAUUUCAAACAGGAAGCUGUUUACAGAUAACACUUGCAACUGUUUUGUCUGAUUUGUUGAACUGUCGAAAAGCAAAAGACAACCUCUUUUCAAAUUAAAAACUGUCAGACUUCUGUAAACAGCAGCAAUGAGGUUCAUCUGUGCAGUGUCCCUGCAGGCACAGAGCGUUCUGCAGUUCCCAUUUUCUCAGCAGCCAUAAGGCUGUUUAAUUCUGCUCUCCAGCUUGUCUGUCAAGAAACCUUAUCACCAGUCUGCUGGGUGCUCAUGCUGAAACUGCCUAAUUUCCAGGCUUUCAGCUGUGUAUCUGAACCACUUGGCUUGAAAGCCUCUCUGUCUGAUCUUCUGAAUCCUGAAGUGCCCCUGUUACAAGAAAAAGGAGUCAGUGACCUGUAAGUGCUCAUUAUGAAGAGAGAUCUGGUUUUCUUGGUGACUCUAAUUAGCCUUGCCUUCCUGUCACUACUAAGGUCUGGAUAUCCUCAACACAUUGCAGAGGAGUCCUGCUCUGUUCAGAUUCUUGUUCCAGGCCUCAAAGGGGAGGCUGGAGAAAAGGGGGAGAAAGGUGCUCCAGGUCGUCCAGGCAGAGUUGGACCUCCAGGAGAAAAAGGAGAAAUGGGGGACAAAGGACAGAAAGGCAGCAUAGGACGGCACGGAAAAAUUGGUCCUAUUGGUUCAAAAGGUGAAAAAGGAGAUAAUGGUGACAUAGGACCACCAGGUCCUAAUGGUGACCCAGGCAUCCCCUGUGAGUGCAGCCAGCUAAGGAAGGCUAUUGGUGAAAUGGAUAUCCAAGUAGCCCAGCUGACAACGGAACUAAAAUUCAUAAAAAAUGCACUGCCCUCCCCCGCAGCUGUUGCUGGUGUGCGUGAGACAGAUAAUAAGAUAUAUCUGCUGGUGAAGGAAGAGAAGAGAUACAAGGAAGCCCAGCUCUACUGCCAUGGAAGAGGAGGGACACUGAGCAUGCCCAAGGAUGAGACUGCCAACAGUCUGAUUGCCUCGUACAUCAACCAAGCUGGGCUCACCAGAGUCUUCAUUGGGAUUAACGACCUAGAGAAAGAGGGAAAUUUUGUCUAUUCCGACCGGUCACCCAUGCAGACCUUCAACAAGUGGCGCAGCGGGGAGCCCAACAAUGCUUACGAUGAGGAGGACUGUGUGGAGAUGGUGGCCUCUGGAGGGUGGAAUGAUGUUGCAUGUCACAUUACCAUGUAUUUUGUGUGUGAAUUUGACAAAGAAAAUGUCUAAGCUUCUCUGCUCUUUCUUUAUUUUAAGAAAAGUUUUUAAGCCAAUUUUACAGGUUACUCCAUGUUUAUGAGUUCAAGUGGCAUUUUGCAAGUAUGUGGCACCAAUGUUGUACAGUUGUAAAUACAAUUUAGGUAUUUCAAAUAUCAGUAUUUACCCUUCAGAAGGGAAGAGCAGUAAUAAGACAUAGCUUGUUUCUUUAUUUUUCUGUAGAAAAAUAUAUAUAUUUAGAUAAAAAUGUGGUUUGGGGCUAAAUUUUGCCCUUACAACAGUUAACAAAUGUGAUUACAUGACUGUAAAGGAAAGGCAGAAUUUGGCCUCUAGUUGUUAGAAUGAUUAGAAUUAGGUUCCUGAUAUUCUUUUAUCUUAGCAAAAUUUGUAGUUAUAAAUGUUAAUUGCUUGUAGUGCUACAGGGAUAUUUCAGCAACAAGACAAAUAUUUUGUAUACUCCAGUUAAUUAGUACAAAUAUUACUGUAGGUUUAUUGGUUGUUAAAACUUUUUUUUUAAAAAACAGCCAAAGCAAGCCAAGAAAUAGGAAGUCCUACCAAUUUUGUAAUGUUUCUUUAUUAAACUGUUCACAGAUGUAUGACGAGAAAGCAUUUAAGUAAACUGGGUUUUAGUGGUGAAGGAGGACAAAGUCUAGAGGAAGGUGUCCCUGCCCACAGCAGAGGGUUGGAACUAGAUAAACUCUAGAGUCCCUUCCAACCCAAACCAUUCUAUGAUUCCAUGAUUCUAUGAUAUGAAAGUUCUUAUAAUUUAGUACUUAAAGAGGGUUCCCAUCCAGAUGGUGUUUUGGAGUUGGCUAAAGGGAAAAGUAAGAUUAUGAUUUUCUGCAUUCCUUAGUUGAGAAUGAUUCAGUGCAUGAAGUAUUUCAGACCCCAAAUAAUUUCUUAAAGUAAGCACGUUUCACAUUAAGAUGAUCUUGGUGCAUGUUGUUACAAAACAAGCAAAAUACUAGCCCUCCACAAUUUAAGGUAGACUUCAUAAAUAGACAAAGAAGCUCAUAGAAACGCUUUAGCUAGCACUUCCUUUUGGCAGGAAAACAGCUUACAUGUUUACAGAGCUUGUAAGGAUGAUCCCCUGAAAAGAAAAAAAGUUUCCAAAAUUUUCCUGAUCAUGUAUAUAGCAGUAAUAAGUAACUUUGCUCAAAUAAUUUAUGUACCAAAUUUACAAUUGCAUGUGAUGGAAAAGGUGAUGUAUAUUUAAAAAAAAACCCAACAACAUCAUAUUUCACAAAGGAAAUGAUAAAUUACUUUGGAUCUUUCUAGAAGCCAGUUGCAUGCCAUCUUAUCUCAUAGGAAUAGGCAUAGGAAAAUCGGCAAAAUCUCUGACUGCAUUUCUUCAGAAAUACCUUGCACAGUGCUUUAAGAUUAUUUUUAAGGUAAAUGAUCCUUUGCAUAACAUACUAAUCAAAAUAUGUAUCUGCUCAUUAUGGGAGAUUGGUAUACAAGAUAUCCACAGUGGAUGUGGCAUGUGGUCCCAGAGAUUUUUCUACAAGGCAAAACCAACUCACAUCAACUCUGCAGUGCUGUAGUAUGUAAACAAUCAAUAGCCGUACAAUUCUGCUCAUAUUCACAGAGUCUGGCAUUUGAUUUGUCUACCUACGAGAACAAACCAUUUUGCUUGCUAUGUUUACUCUGUGAAUUGGAAUCUGUUAUGUAUAUAUGUUUGCUAUUAAUUUUGAAGAUCGUUAUCCAUACUAUAGUAUCCUAUAUUAUUUGAAUAUCAGCCCAGCUCCAGAGCAAUCACUCAAAAUGAAUGGGUCCUUUGAUUGAUUUACUUUCUUUUAAUAAAGAUAGGUAUGAUACCUAUAUGUUAGUCAUUCUUCCAACUGCAUAUUGAAAUAUGUGAAAUAACGUGAAUCUGGUUCUACACUAAUAUUCAAAGACUCUUUACAGAAUUUUCAGGUAGUUAACAAUGCCAGUAGAGCAAUUUGUUUAUAAUCACACCUUUUGAAUAUCAUGAUUGUUUCCUGCCUGCUGUAGAAAUCCUCACAAUUCAUUUAAAUUUCCAACAUACUUUUGUCAAAUUAUUGUAGCUAUAUUCAGACAGCCUGAACCUGAGAUACCUGGAGCUUCCUUGUUAUGUGUGGUGAAAUUGCUGUUUAUUUCUCACCUAGGUUUUGAAAGUCUCUGUUGUAUUGUUCAGUUUCCUCAGAAAGAUGAAAAGAGGCCUUUUAGAGAGGUGGGAAGCUUUUUGAGAUGCCAGAUGCUCCUAUUACAGCUGGAAGUCACACAUCAUCAUCAUCAUCCUCGAUGUGGAGAGCAUUAAACAGUCUCAAUUUCUAUAAAAAUUUAGGAUAAAAAAUAAAGGCAAUGGAAAAAAUCA